UGAAAUGCACAUGCGGCACAUUGCUGCUGCUGCUGGUUCGGAGAGUUUCUAUUUCAAAGGCUUUUUAAAAACCUCGCCAUCGCACUAAGCCGUGUCAGACCGCCUAUAAACCAUAUUUGAGGAUCAUCUUAAAGAGAUCAGAGUCUUUAUCCUUAUAGCUGCUACAGAUGCUACAGAAGCUACAGAUACAGGAAAAUGCCCAGCUGCUGGUUUGUAAGCGAAGAUGACUGUCACAAACCCAUUCAGCUCCCUCACCAGCAGACUGUGAGUUUGGGUCGAGGUCCAGAAACUAAGAUUAAAGACCAGAAGUGCUCCAGAAACCAAGUUGAACUGAGAGCAGAUUGCAACCGAGGAUUUAUCAGUGUGAAACAGUUAGGAACUAACCCCACCAGUGUGGACCAUGUGGUUGUGGGCAAAGGCAAUCAGGUGCCUUUAAAGCCGGGUCAGAAACUCUACAUGGUCAACCAGCUUUACCCGUACACCGUGCGCUUCACUGAGGACACGUCGGUGACUGGAUCUGCUGGGGAGAAGAGCAAACCAGCGAAAAGGCCACACCAGCGAGAUUCUACUGAAGAUAAGAACGAGGAGAGUCCAGCCAGGAAAAUGUCCACGCCGUCUCAUACAGAACAGGAGUCAAACAGAGCAAAAACAACACCAGCAAAAGCGGAGCCUGCAGGCCAUUGGAGUCAAGGUCUGAAAGUUUCAAUGCAGGACCCAAAGAUGCAGGUGUAUAAAGACGAGAAAGUGGUGGUCAUUAAGGAUAAAUACCCAAAGGCGCGGCACCACUGGCUGGUUCUCCCCUGGGACUCGAUCUCCAGUCUGAAGGCUCUGAGGCCGGAGCACUGCGAGCUGCUGAAGCACAUGCACAAAGUGGGGGACAGGAUGAUACAGCAGUGCCCUGACAACCAGAAACUGCGCUUCCGUCUCGGCUACCACGCCAUACCCAGCAUGAGCCAUAUUCACCUGCAUGUGAUCAGCCAAGACUUCGAUUCUCCUUGUCUGAAGAACAAGAAGCACUGGAAUUCAUUCACCACUGAUUACUUCGUUGACUCUCAGGACAUCAUUGCCAUGCUGGAGCGAGACGGUAAAGUGAGCGUGAAGGAAGGAACGGGUGAGCUGCUGAAGCUGCCGUUGCGCUGCCAUAUUUGCCACAAAGAGCAAGCCACAAUACCCAAGCUGAAGGAUCACCUCAAAGUUCAUCUGUCCUCCUGAAACAUGUUAAACAAGCAGGUUAUAUUAGGAGGUUUUGUUGGAGAGUUGCACUGUAUGUAGAUGUUAAGUGUUACAUAGAUGUUAAUAGAAUAAAUCUACACAGGGAUGUGUUUUCCCAUUACAGUUAAAGAGAAGGUAAAUAAUUUUUAACGUACCCAAAGGUCUGUGUACGUUAUUUACAUGUGACUGGUUUAGGUUUUGUUACUAUAGAAUUGUUCCUAAAUUACAAGUUUUACAGUAAGUUAAAACCUGAUUCAUAAAAAAAGCAUUUUUUGUGUUUGUGUUUUGUUUUAGUAUUUUUGAUGUGUGUGUGUGUGUGUGUGUGUCUGUGUAAGAGAGAGAGUGGGUGUAACUAAACUUAGCCCAACAUCAGACCAAUAUCACAGUUUUUAUAGGCAAGUCAGUUCAAUAAACGAACAUCUUUGCAGCGAAA